UAAAAACAGCUGGAUGUAGGUAUGGACCGCAGAGAUCAGAGAUUUGAUUUCAGUGGCGAGCGUCCGUGUUAGCAUCUGUGUUAGCAGCGUAGCACGGUCUGCAGCAGAGGGAUGGAGUGUGUUUACAGUGAGUCUCAGUGUGAAGUCGGUGCAGCUGAAACAUGUUUGAAACAUGAUGUUGUGAUGUGUGCAAAGGUCUCAGGGCUCAGACUGGGGACCAGUUCACAGCUGGAGCCUGGAUCCAACAACGCGAUAUGUCAAACUUAAAAGCCCCACAGCUUUAUACUGUCACACAGCUUCAUGGACUCACGGAGUCCAACAGAAACAGGAACAGCUCACUAGAGGGCACAAAUACACCUCCCCACCAUCAGUACUCCCCCCAUGUUUCCAGUUUUUAAUGGUACAAAGGUAAAAAAAAAAAAAAAAGUUUAGGUCGCCAAAACCUGAAAAAUCCUGUAGAUGUGAUAGGAGACGUGACUUUGCAGACCACAGACUGUCUGAGCAGCGUUAGGUUUCCACUGCAGAGGGUGAGGAGUGUGUUCAGCUGCUGGACGAGUCCAACAUUCAGACUCAGUGAUUCUGUGUUUUUAAAAUCUCCAGCUGCUUAUUCGGUCUGUGCUUUAAACACUGAGACAUGGAAUUACAUAAACAUCAGUGGACACCAGCGCGGAGACGCUGCCGGUGUGUGUUGCUGUGAGGAUCCUUUUCACGGACGGACGUGGAUGAGAGCUGCACAUAAAUUUGUUUGGAUUCUCACCGUGAUGAUGAAGAUGACGGUGAUGAACACAGCUGAAACCUGACGACGUGGAACUGGAUCAGGAAAGUCAGUGUUCGAGUCUCAGCGUCCAAAUCUGACUUUUAGGUGAAGUAGCUCACUGACGGUGAAAUCUCAGGUGUUACCCGAGCUGCAGGGAAAGACUCAGACGAAUGAGACACUUUCAUGACUUCACCUGUGCUGAGGGACAUCAUGGACAGAACAGAGACUGAGGGGGGACGUGGGUUUGGUCUGAGAGCGGGUGAGUCAGGCGGUGCGUCACUCAGACGUGUUCACAGUUAAUCCUGCACUGCUGUGGUUUGGAGAAUGGACCUGAUUCAAGUGUAUAAAGCAGAAAAGAGAAGUGAUGUGUGCAUCAGUGUUUUUCAGGCUCCGCCCACUGAGUGAGAGUCAGUGGAUCCUCACUGGUUAACACACACACACACACACUGCCUCCAGUUUCUGUGAAGACCACAGGAAAACCUGAAAGAAGACCAGACUCAUCAGAGCUCUGUGAAAAGAUGCGGUAACUCGACACACAAUCAUUCAUUCAAAGAAUAAAAGAUAAAUAAUGAGCAUAUUUCCUGCAGCGGAGGGAAAACAUCAGAAAUGUUGGUUAAAGAUGAAGCUCAGUCUGUCCACCCAUCAGCAGGGGGCGCCCUAACCCCUUCACAGGGUGGAAGGCACUCACCUCCUCAGCUCAGAUUUUAUUUCCAGGGCCCAGUAAAACCUGCAGGGCUCUGCUCCUCACAGGCUGUUCAGCACAAUGAGGAGGUGCAUCUUUACAACUCAGAAACUCUAGUUGAACAGAAACUGAACUUUGGCAAAGGGAUUGAAUGUUGGUCAGGUUCAGGAGUCAUGGAGACCCUGACCCUGGUGAUGAUGAUGGUGAUGAUGAUGAUGGUGCUGUGUUUGAGCAGUGACUGGUUGUUAAAGGGUCAGUUCACGUGAAUUACAGAAGACUGGAUAAUAAUAUGAAUAAAGUCAUGAUCAAAGCAUGAAACACAGAAUGUCACUUUCUGCCAGAAAUCAGGAUGUUGACCGAUGAGACAUGUCUCUGUCCUCUGCAGUUAACACUCAGCUAAACUCACCAUCUUUAAAAUCCUCAGCAGACUCUGAAGGACGACGUGAAACCUCAGACUGAUCACACACCCAAACUCUCACCUGCUCUUAAAGGCACGUUUGAGUUUUUAUCCCACAGGUAUUCAUCAUGUGUACAGGCAGGGUUCCUCCCCAGGGAACCCUCACCUGCUGAAGGCUGAGGGCGGGGCGCCUCCUGCUCACCUGUCGACUACAGGUCAACAAGUUUGGAUGCUUUCAUCAAAAAAGGCUGAGGGGUGUGUCCUGUGAAGGCAGCUGCGCCGCCUGUCAGUCAGCACUCAGGGACACGCCCCCCGGUAUCCGGGCAGGUUGCUGCUGCUUUUCCACACGAUUCAAAGUCAAGUGUGUGCGAGUCCGAGCCGCAGCGCCGCGGAAAACUUCUGUGUCGGAACCGGAGUUGAGUUUGUCGGAUUUUCGGUGUUCGGGGGAGGCGGGAAACCGCGCGGGGACCGGAGCUGUUCUGUGUGCCAUGUUCUUCUGAGGCCACUCGGGUCCGUGGUUUGCUGGAUGAAGCUCGCACCUGCAGGUUCUUCCAUAAGCCCCUCCCCCCGCCCCUCCCCCACCUGUUUCUAACGAGUCAUUAAUUAGAGGCUUAAACUCGUCAGUCCUGGGGCGCUGCAGAGACCUGGAUCCUCGGUAAUCUGUCACACAUGAACCGCGGAUCCUCGGCAGAGACUGUGGAGUCAGAGCAGGUUUGUCCCUGAGGUCUGCGUCUGGAUUCACCUGUGGACGUUACUCACAGCUCACGGUUCACUGUGAAGCAGGAUGAACGGAUAUGAACCUCCAGCUCUCGCCUCCGGCAUCUUCGGCUCCUACGGUUCACACAUCAAUGGCCACGGCUCUCAGUCUCCUGAGCCUCAGAGUAAAGCCAGGUCCGGUGCCAAAGCUCUGUACGAACAAAGGAAACAUUACACCAAAACCAGCAUCAACAGCCUGACGGACACGUCUCAGUACCAUGUGGAGCACCUCACCACGUUCGUGUUGGACCGUAAGGACGGGAUGAUCACCGUGGACGACGGGAUCAGACGUCUCCGUCUGUUGGACGCUAAAGGGAAAGUUUGGACUCAGGACAUGCUGCUGCAGGUGGAGGAGAAAUCUGUCAGCCUCAUCGACCAGGAGACCAAGAACGAGCUGGAGAACUUCCCCAUCGGGACGGUCCAGCACUGCCAGGCCGUGAUGAACUCCUGCAGCUACGACUCCAUCCUGGCCCUGGUCUGUAAAGAGUCGGGGCAGAAUAAACCAGACCUCCACCUGUUCCAGUGUGACGACAUCAAGGCCAAUCUGAUCCACGCAGACAUAGAAAGUGCCAUGAUCGAUGCCAAAGGAGGGAAGGUGAAGAAAAGACCAGAGACUCUGAAGAUGAUCCUGAAGAGCGACGGGAUCAUCCCCCCUCCGCCCCCUGCUCCCGCCCCCGAACCCCCAGUAUCAACCAAUCAGGUGGAUGUAAAGAGCAGGGUGGCCGCCUGGUCGGCCUGGACCAAUGAGCAGCAAGACUAUGAGAAGCAGCGACAGAUAGAGGAGGAGGACGGGCCGGUGGACAUGACAGCAGCCAGAGUGGACAGAGACGUGCAAAUCCUGAACCACGUCCUGGACGACAUCGAGUUCUUCGUCACCAAACUGCAAAAGGCUGCUGAGGCUUUUAACGAGCUCUCCAAGAGGAAGAAGACCAAGAAGGGCAAAAAGAAAGGUCCGGGAGAGGGCGUCCUGACCCUGCGCUCCAAACCCCCCGCGGAGGACGAGUUUGUCGACUGUCUGCAGAAGUUCAAACACGCCUUCAACCAGCUGGGGAAACUGAAGGAUCACAUCCAGAACCCGAGCGCUGUGGACCUGGUUCACUUCCUCUUCAGUCCUCUCAGGAUGGUGAUCCAGGCCUCGGGCAGCGUGGACCUGGCUCGCAGCGUGGUGGUUCCUCUGCUGACCAGGGAGGCCAUCGACUUCCUCCACUCGGCAGGAACAGCAGAGGAGAGACACCUGUGGGUCACUCUGGGAGACGGAUGGACCAAAUGCAGGUUGGAGUGGCCGAAGGAUCACUACUUUCCUCCGUGCGUGCUGAAGUUUCGCGACGGCUGGGAGCCUCCCGUGUUACCGGCCGUGACUCCGAGCCGAGAGCAGGAGCUGACCCAGCUGGCCGAGAGUCUCGCCAACGCCGAGAUCCAGAGACAAGAGGAGCUGAAGAUCAGACUGGCCCAGGAGCAGGCGGCGGUGCAGACGUUUCCUCCUGCAGACGGGUACGCCUUCUCCAACACCUCUUACAAACGCAUGCAGAUCCUGGAUCAGGACACGGCCAUGGCCGCGUUUAAACAGGCCGUCAGCCGCCGUGUAGACCGAGGUUUUGACAUCGACAGCAGAGUCCAACCGAAACUUUUUGCCAAAUCAAAAUACGACUUUGUGGCGAGAAACAACACGGAGCUUUCUGUCCUCAGAGACGAGGUGGUCGAGGUUCUCGACGACAGGAAGCAGUGGUGGAAGGUUCGUAACGGCUGCGGGGCGUCCGGCUACGUGCCAAACAACAUCCUGGAGAUCACCAAAGCCGUGGACAUCACCGGCCGCGGGGAGCCCAUCUACAGCCACACCAUACAGAAGCAGACCACGAGGUCGGACUACAUUCCCAGUAAACCGGCAGCAAACCCGAUGCCUCUGGCCCCCACGCCUCCCCCUCCCGCCCCCGCCCGGCUCCCCACGCCGCCGCUGCCUCCUCCGGCCGCUGAGCCCACCAAACAGGCGGCCGGCAGCAGCAGCACGGUCAGCCGCCAGAACAGCACCACGUCCAGCGACAACGGCAGCGUCGCCAUGAGGGAGCACAACAGCCAGAGACCUGCACCCGUCAACCGCAGGAAAUCCAACAUGGAGGAGGUCCAGGACGAGCUGAUGCACAGACUGACUCUGGGUCGCAGCGCUCAGAAGAAGUUUCAGGUUCCCUCUCACAGCGGCAGCCUGCCGUCCGUCAGCAUCACCUACGACUCCUCGCCGGACGACGUCAAAGCCUGGUUAGAGGCCAAAGGCUUCAGCCCAGUCACCAUCACCAGCCUCGGCGUCCUGACCGGAGCUCAGCUGUUCUCUCUCAACAAAGAGGAGCUGAAGACGGUUUGUCCGGACGACGGCGCUCGAGUCUACAGCCAGGUCACCGUCCAGAAGGCGGCGCUGGAGAAGAGUUCAGGCUCUGAGCUCCAGGAGAUCAUGAGGAGGCGGCAGGAGAAACUGGCAGCCAGCACCUGUGACUCAGGGGUGGAGUCUUUUGACGAAGGCAGCACCCACUGAGCUCCUCGCGGCUUCUUCCCGUCCCUCCUUCCUCCUUUGCUUUAUUUUUUACUUUCUUCAAACUGCCUGCUGUUUUCUCGCGCUCUUGAUCCUCAGGCGGCGGCCGACCGCGCCGAGUUCGUGGAGAUCAUGCGGCGCAGGCAGGAACUCCUCAGCUCGUCUCCGUAGACCAUAAAACAAAAAAGCGACAGUCUGGACCGUCCCGUGUGUGUCUCAGAACACGGACAGGACGUCCCGCCAUGUUUGCCUGACCUUCACAUGAACACUUUUAGGACUCUGGUUGUUGCCUGCAGAGUUUUGUUGGUGUUUGUUGGACUGAAGAAAAGCUGCUCAGUGUUAAAGACCUGGUUUGUGCCUCUGUGGCGUCUGAACGCUGAAAGCAACGAGUCUCGAUCUCUGCGGCUUAAAGUUUCAUUAUCAGCAUAUUUAACUCGUGAGUUUGAGACAAAAGUAAAGAAUCAAAUGAAAAUACAAAGUAACAGGAAACAUUUACGUAGAGAAUCUGAUCAAUACUACUGAUGAUCGUUUGUGGGUCGACGUGAUCAGACGCCGCAUCAGGAUGUUUUAGGCUUUUUUAAUUCAUUCAGAUGAGGGGCACAAACCAGAGCUGCUGCUGCUGAUGAUGAUGAUGAUGAUGAUGGAAAUCCAUGAUAAAUGUACAUUUCAGAUGUUUUGGACCAAGAGAAUGAAGAUGUUGAUAGUUUAUAAUAUUUUUAUUUUAAGGUUCAACCCAAAGUUUCAUGAACGUCAUGUGAUUAAUGAUCAAGUGAAAAAAAAGAAUGUAAGAAUCAUUUCUGGUUAAUGAGCAUCAUGUGAUGUAGAGAUAGACACGCAGUUAUUAACAUGAUGUUAGAUGAUGAUCAGCAUUUUUGCACAAUAAUAAAAAGUAGAAGUUUCUGUGCAGGAAGUGAGAGAGGAAUGAUUGACAGUCACUUCCUGUCUGUGGGCUGCUGUGUCAGGUCUGCUCACACACAGGUCAAAGGUCAUCUCAGAACUCUGAACCCUGAGUGUUGAUGCUGUGGCCUCUCCUCCACCUUCACCUGCUUCACUUCAGGAAAACUCUCAACCCAAAUCUUUCACAUUAAAACUCCUCCAGGGCCUUUAUUUCCUGUUGGGCUUUUAAUGUGAAAAAUCUGCAGAAAGUGUGAUUGAUAAUUGGUUCAUUGAUGAAACCAGUGGCAAAGAGGAAGUGGCUGAGUGACAGGUGAGAGGUUGUCGCCAGGUUUCUUCGUGCUGGUCACGAACUGUCUCUGACUCGUGUUAGAGUUUGUGCGUGUCACUGUGACUCCACGGCUCCACUUCCUGUUCAGAGGCCUGUGUGUGACCUGUGUCCGUGCUUUGGUGUAGGAUGAGUCGGUAGCUCCUCUGCUUCGCUGUGGCAUCGUGUUGGUUUGUAGUGUAGCUGGACACUGACGAUGCAGAGCUGUUCUCAGAUCAGAUCGCUGCAGCGUCGCUGUGUUUAGACGUCUCGGUGCCUUUUCCACACAGAUCUGCUCGUUCUGCCAUAAAACAUUA